UAAUUUGUGUAGUUAAAAUUGAGAAAUGACAUUAAUUAAUAUUUUACUCAAUUUUUCUUUCAUGUUAAGUUUUUGAUUUAAAGAAAAAUAAAUAAAAUAAAUUGUGUGAAAAAAUAUUUUUUUUAUUAAAUUUUAAUUUAAAUAUUUUUUAUAAGCAUUUAAGGGAAUAUUUUUUUGAAUUUUUAUUUAAAAAUUUUUUUACAGAUUUUUAGCUCUUUUAAUUAAUAAUUUAUUUUGUUAAUGUCGUUAUACAAAGAAGAUGUUUAUGAAACAGAAGAUUUGCCUGAACCGGAGCUUGAUGAUAACGAGGAAUAUUUUGAAAAUAAAGAAAUUGAAAAGGUUCAUGUUGAUUUGAAUGCUGCUAAAAGACGUUUUGGAAAUUGUUUAUUAGACUCGGGAGGUGCAGAUUUUUCUGAUUCUGUGACAUCAUCGCGGUUAAAACGUGGAUACAAGGCUAAUGAAAUAUUUGAAGGCUCUCCUCAAGACUGGGAGAUUGAAGAACUUACUUUUGAACAAAAAUAUAAAAAAAUCUGUUCAGAAAUUAAAGAAUUGAUGGCUGAAUCCGAAAAGCAGACACAACCAGUCAGCAAAACAGAAAUUGAAGGUUUGCAUAAGUUCGUACAGUCAAUAGCUUCACCUGCUGUGAGCGAUGUUCAACCGAAGACAAGCGAUGACUCUUCUAAGCAAGUGGACGAGCCCAAAUAUUUGACUGAAGAAGAUAUAGAAAAAUAUCGAAGCAAACUUGUUUCUGGAGCUUCUAUUCAAGAAUUUAAUGAAGUUAUAAAUGCUAUUUUGGCAGAAUAUAAUCGAAUCGCUAAAUAUUGUUCGUCUGUUACUAAAAAUCGCAAAGAAUAUUUUGAUUAUUUGCAAAAAUCGCAUCAAUCCGCGUUAAAUUUUAAGGACAAACAAAUUCAACUUUUGGAAUCCACUGUAGAACAACUUCGACAAGAUCUCGUCAAAAAACUUAGGAAUGAACAUAUGGAAAUUGCUAGGAGUUCUGUAAAAGGAGAGACAACUAAAGAAAAGAAUUCUGACGUUGGGUAA